GCUGGUGGGCCCCGCAGCUUUGCUCCUCCUCUGCGCCCGCGCUCUCGGACAUGGUGGCCCCCGGCUCUGUGACCAGCCGGCUGGGCUCGGUGUUCCCCUUCCUGCUGGUCCUGGUGGACCUGCAGUACGAAGGUGCUGAAUGUGGAGUAAAUGCAGAUGUUGAGAAACAUCUCGAAUUGGGCAAGAAGCUCCUCGCAGCUGGACAGCUCGCGGACGCUUUAUCUCAGUUUCAUGCUGCAGUAGAUGGUGACCCUGAUAACUAUAUUGCUUACUAUCGGAGAGCUACUGUCUUUUUAGCUAUGGGCAAAUCAAAAGCAGCACUUCCUGAUUUAACUAAAGUGAUUGAAUUGAAGAUGGAUUUCACUGCAGCAAGAUUACAGAGAGGCCACUUACUACUCAAACAAGGAAAACUUGAUGAAGCAGAAGAUGAUUUUAAAAAAGUGCUCAAGUCAAAUCCCAGUGAAAAUGAAGAAAGGGAAGCCCAGUCCCAGCUCAUCAAAUCUGAUGAAAUGCAGCGUUUGCGCUCACAAGCACUGGAUGCCUUUGAGAGCUCAGAUUUUACUGCUGCUAUAACCUUCCUUGAUAAGAUUUUAGAGGUUUGUGUUUGGGAUGCAGAACUUCGAGAACUUCGAGCUGAAUGUUUUAUAAAAGAAGGGGAACCUAGGAAAGCGAUAAGUGACUUAAAAGCUUCAUCAAAAUUGAAAAAUGAUAAUACUGAGGCAUUUUAUAAAAUCAGCACGCUGUACUAUGAACUAGGAGACCAUGAACUGUCCCUCAGUGAAGUUCGUGAAUGUCUUAAACUUGACCAGGAUCAUAAAAGGUGUUUUGCACACUAUAAACAAGUAAAGAAACUUAAUAAGCUGAUUGAGUCAGCUGAAGAGCUCAUCAAAGAUGGCAGGUACACAGAUGCAAUCAGCAAAUAUGAAUCUGUCAUGAAAACAGAGCCAGGUGUUCAUGAAUACACAAUUCGUUCAAAAGAAAGGAUUUGCCACUGCUUUUCUAAGGAUGAGAAGCCUGUUGAAGCUAUUCGAGUAUGUUCAGAAGUUUUACAGGUAGAACCUGACAAUGUGAAUGCUCUGAAAGACCGAGCAGAGGCCUAUUUAAUAGAAGAAAUGUAUGAUGAAGCUAUUCAGGAUUAUGAAACUGCUCAGGAACACAAUGAGAAUGAUCAGCAGAUUCGAGAAGGUCUGGAGAAAGCACAGAGGCUACUGAAACAGUCGCAGAGACGAGAUUAUUAUAAAAUCUUGGGAGUAAAAAGAAAUGCCAAAAAGCAAGAAAUCAUUAAAGCAUACCGAAAAUUAGCACUGCAGUGGCACCCAGACAACUUCCAGAACGAAGAAGAAAAGAAAAAAGCUGAGAAAAAGUUCAUUGACAUAGCAGCUGCUAAAGAAGUCCUCUCCGAUCCAGAAAUGAGGAAGAAGUUUGAUGACGGAGAAGACCCCCUGGACGCAGAGAGCCAACAAGGAGGUGGCGGCAACCCUUUCCACAGGAGCUGGAACUCAUGGCAAGGGUUCAAUCCCUUCAGCUCAGGCGGACCUUUUAGAUUUAAAUUCCACUUCAAUUAAACCAGCUGUUUUUCUGCUCCUCUUCCUUCAUUUUUUUAAAGUUUUAAAACAAACAAAAAUAACCUUGUUCCGGGAUCCUAUUGAAAAAGAAAAUUCCAAUCUUGCAGUUUGUCCACGACCAAAGAGGUGUUCAGAAUGGCAGUGUCUGUUCUUAUCCAUUGCAGACUUGAGGCUGACGGGGGUGAGGGCAGGGAGGCAGGCGGGCUUCCGUUUCUGGCAGAGCAGCCUGUGUCUGUGCUGUGACCGGAUGGCAGCAGUCUGAGAUGGGUGCACAGAUCUUUUAUCUUCUACACGGGAGCAGUGAGAUUCUCUUCUUGUUGCAUAUGUGUCAGCGCCUGCGUGUGUGAGGAGGAGCCUGGGGUGUCAGCAUUCUCCAAGAGGAAUGAACAUUCUGAGCUGUAUGUUCUUAAGCACAACUUUGCUUCGACUCUGGUCUGUCCAGUCACCUGUCAUUAUGUUAAAUUUCCACUUGCGUUCCCAUCUCUCUCUGAGCAUGAACGUGGCUGUCAUUGAAGGUGGGCAGAGCUGUUAGAGAACCUGCUACGAAUGUAAUAGCAGGAGCCAGGGUGAGGUCUGGGCUCAGGUUAAGCAUGUAUUUUUUUGUUGAGUACCUAGAGAAUACUGAAAACCAUGGAAACAGAAUUAACUGUAAACCCUACUGGCCCUUUUAUUUAAUAUGAAAUACAAUGAACUAAAAAUAUGUAAAGUAAGUUCAGAUAACAU